GGAAAGUGUGGUUCACGUAAUUGAGUGAUGACUUACGGCUAAAAGUUUACCACUUGUUUUUAAAUAGAGAGUGUGCUGGAUCAUUGACAGACUGGCUAAUUGUUGCAAUCAGUUAUGUUAUACUUAAUCGGAUUGGGUUUAGGAGACGCCAAAGACAUCACUGUUAAGGGUCUGGAGAUCGUGAGGAGAGCCAAACACGUGUUCCUCGAGGCCUACACUUCCAUACUAUCGGUUCCAAAGGAAACUCUUGAAGAAUUUUAUGGCAGAAAAGUAGUCAUCGCUGACAGAGAUUUUGUAGAGCAGUCAUCAGAUGACAUACUCGCAGAUGCCGUCGACAAUGAUGUGGCCUUUCUUGUGGUGGGAGACCCUCUCGGAGCGACCACUCAUACGGACCUGAUAUUGAGGGCCCACCAGACAGGUGUUCAGCACCGACUUAUACACAACGCCUCGAUUAUCAACGCUUGUGGUGCGUGUGGUCUUCAGUUGUAUAACUUCGGCGAAAUUGUUUCCAUUCCCUUCUGGACGGACAGUUGGAAACCAAACAGUUUUUUCGAUAAGAUAUGCGCUAAUCUUAAGUCCGGAUUACACACACUGUGUCUCUUAGAUAUUAAAGUGAAGGAGCAGUCGAUUGACGCUAUGAUUAAAGGGAAAGUAGUCUACGAACCGCCCCGUUAUAUGUCUGUCAAUAUAGCAUCGAAACAAUUGUUAGAAAUCAUUGAAUCGAAAGCCACUGACAGUUAUCCCAAUGAGUUAUUCAAUGAGAAAACAGUAGUCAUAGCGUUGGCGAGGAUUGGAUGCGAUGACCAGACUAUAAAGACGUGUCAAUUGAAGGAUAUGUUAGCCAUCGAAAUGGGAGCACCACUUCAUUCGGUGAUAAUUCCCGGGAAACUACAUCCAAUCGAAAUAGAAAUGAUGUCUAUAUUUGCCGACAAUUCGCAGACCAAAUAGAAAAUUAAAAUAAUUUACAAAUAAA